UGCAAGGCCAGCGCCAUCGGAAAAUUCAAGUUCUAUCAUGAAGAAUAGAUGUAAACAUACCAGUUAUAUAUGGUUUAUGGAGAAAAGUGUGAUAGUUGAUUAGUGCACUGAAUUAUAUUGAGAUAUUCUGAUCGUAAUAUUUUGCAGAGAAGUAUCCAGCAUCAAUCCUGAAGUCUAGAAAACUCCCAGGUACGAGGAGUUGCUACGCACGCUAGCGCUGCCAGUUUACAGAUGAACAUUGAGGAAUCGUACUGAUCCUUCUAUUUAAAACAAGACCGGUCGUGCAUACAAUUUGAGAUGUCGGAUCCAAAACCUAAGAGAAAGAAGAGGAAGCAGAAGCAGCGCUUGCUUCCAGAAGAGGCUGGGGAUGACGCUGAUGGAAUAUCAAAUCCUAUUUUGACUGGGGAGGAGUCUGAUACUGGCCUGGUGUACAGUGGAGGAGAAACAUCAGGAGGGGAGACUGCUGAAGAUAUUGAAGAGGCAGAAAAUCUUGCUCAAGAUUUGAAAACAAAGCAUGCUCAAAAGCAGCGAGAGCUAUCAGAGGUGGUAUCGCCCAAAGAUGACCUGGCAAAGGAACUACGCAGCGGUAAGAAGAAAAGUAAAGAGAAAGUGGAGGAAACGAUCCGACAGGAGCAGGAGGAGAGUGCAGGGGAGGAAACUACCACCUUACAGACCGCUACAGAGGUGGCCGACGAUGGUACCCUACCCAUGCCUGAGGGGGAGGAGACAGGGGACGGAAUACCAACCCUCGGGGACGGAGAGGAGGAAGACGAAGAGAGCAAAGUCAAAAAACUCAAAAAGAAGAAAAAGACUGAAGAGUCUGAAAUUACUCCAUUGACCCAGGAGGAGGAUAAGGAGGAGGAUGAAGACAAGAAGAAGGAAGAAGAAAAGAAGGAGGAACCUGCCCCUCCCAAACCAGAGGAGGACACCAAAAUUUCAAAAGGAAAGACCCUCAAGGAUCGUCUUAAGAACAGGCUACAAAAAGCUAAGGAAUCUGCUGUGUCGGAGGUCAAGGAACAAGAGAGAGAGGAACGACGAGAGAAACGACUCAAGCGGGACCAGCAGGUCACACGAUUUGAUACCGAGAUAUCUCAUCUCCGACGAACUAUAAGUCUGUUUCGUGAGUACGAUGAAGGUGAGAUGGAGAGACUUGAAGAAAGGUCGAAGCUAGUGAGGAUGCGACUGAAAAAGCUGAGUCAACAGCCAACAUCUGAUAGGAUGAAACAAAUGCUGGAAUCCAAGGGGAUCUUCAUUCCUACAACUGAAGAGGCUUUUGACUUUUUCACCCGUAACUUUGAUCCUGAGCCAGACGAAGAAAAGAAAGAUGAAGCUGAGGAGAAAGCUGAUACAGAGAAGGAUGAAAAGGAAGAUAAAGAUGAAGAGGAGGCAGGUCCUAGUACUGAACCCAAGGAGGGAGAGGAAGGGGAAGAAGGAGAGGAAGGGGAGGAGGGUGAUGCUGCCAAAAAAAAGAAAAAAGAUAAAGCAAAAAAGGACAAAGAAACAGAUGAAGAGAAGACACCUCUACUUGACGAUGUAAUGGAUGAUGAUGAUGGAUUCCGUCCUGUCGUGGUCAGAGGACCAGAGUUUCCUGACCCGAUAGAGUUGCAGAAGAAAGAAGCAGAGAUCUAUUUUGUACCAUCUGUUACAACAGUUCCCUCAGAGCAGAAGGUAUCUGAGGAGCAGCAACCCCGUUUCCUGGAGGACGAGGGUUUCUAUGUUGGGACACGACCAGAUCCUUCGGGCUGGAAUGUCAAUAAGAUGGAGCAUAGACUCCUCAAGGAACAAGAUGGCCGGCGUUGGUUUGGUGAGGAUGGACGUAUGUUGGCCCUGCCUGACCCCCUCAGACUAACACCCUCACGACCUCCCGUCCCAGACGAGAAGGAACCCUACUUGGAGACUGUGUUUAAAGGGGCCAUCAUGCGAGAGUUUGACAGCAAAUAUAUUGAUGGAUCAAUGGACAACAGUGGAUUCUAUCAACUGGAUGUUGAUAUCAAUUCGAUUGUAAUGUCCCAUCACCACCUAUACAGCCGGGAACACGUCCUAGCCGCACGGCUCCAGGAACUCUACAGUAUAUUUCUAAGCAGGCAGAUAAAAAACAUGACUGAAUAUCUCACCGAGAAGCUAAAGGCUCUGAAAAGCUCAGCACUUCAUCUGAAAGACCACAUGCUUGCCCACAAAUCAGAACACGGGUUUGCUGAUCGUUCAAACUAUGAGAGACGAUUACGGGAUUACAAGUUAGAAACAAGGAGAGCUCGUGAAUUGAGAGACAAAGAGGAACAAACAGACAGACAGAUACUCAAAGGCAUCAUUCAUACCUGGAAGGAAAUCCGGGCACAGAGGGAUACACAAAAAUACAGCAACACCUCCGUCAAACUACAGAUCAAGAAGGAGGAGGUGGAUAAGAACCGUGACAUGAUGAUAUGGCGACAGGAGAUGGAGGAGGAGGUGGAUGAGGUACGUGAGGCUCACGCCGAGGACUACCAGAUCAAGAUGAAAGAAUACCAGGAGCGGAAGAAGGAUAAGGACCAACAAAUCAAAGCCAAGGCCGAAGCAGCGAAGCGACAGAAGAAGCGAGGAAGUAAAGCGUCCAAAGCUUCUAGAGGAUCUCGAGCCUCUAAGCUCAGUGGAGAGGACCAGUCACCGGAGGAGAGACAAAAAGACAUUGAUAUUAUAAAUGAAGAGGACUUGCCAGAACCCGAACUGCCAGACGAAUUUGAUGAAACAGCCACACGAGAAAGAAUAAAAAUAAAAGUGAUGGAAAUCCGUCGGCGGCCAGGUGAACCCAAGCUCCAGCCAGAGUUAACGAAUACCAAUACAAUAAUACCAACAGCUCAGUGUCCGAGGGGUGAGCAGCAACGACGAGAAGCAUUAUCUGGGUGUAAAAUAUUUAUCAAGGUGCUAUUCAACAACAAAGAGGUCUCACGAACAUUACCAAAACCACUAUCUCAAGAAUUUAAAGUAACAUUUGCUCAAAUAUUCAACAUAAAAAUUGUCCAGUGGCCAGAGAGUAUAAAGUUCCAGAUUUUUGAGACAAUUGGUUACAAUACGGAGAUACUGGCUGAACUCUACGCCAGUAUACCAGAGGUCUCCAUCACCUCACAGGGUGUCCAGCUGGAGAAUCUGGACUUCAGUUGUGACCACAGAGUUAACCACAGUAACGAAGGAGUGGGCAGUGGUGUGGCGUUUAGCUAUGGAACAAAAACAGAUAACGAGAUGAUCACCCUGAUGACCACUGGUGAACUGUGCUGCAGUGUGGCCUGGGCAGUGGACGAAAACAACCAGCCUCUCGUACCGCCGAUCAGCAAUGCUGGCAAAGACAAUGUGUUCAGUGCUAUAAAGAAGAUGGACCCUAUGCAGGCAGUCAGUCCAUCUGGGAAAGUAGACAUAGAGAGGCUGUCCAAAUGGUUUGAGGAGUCCAGACUUGACCCCAAUGACCCCUCAAAUGCUGACCUAGUCUACAUGCUUAAGCCCAAGGGAGGGGACCUGACCCACUUGAAGCCUCCCGACUACUUCAGACUGGAACAGCUCCAGGAGGAAUUUAACAUGACUACAGAUGAGGAGAUUGAGAACAACAAACGCUUCCAGCUGCUGCAGCUUCGUGAUAAUGAGGUCCAGGAAUUCCGUAACUACAGGAUGGUCCCGCUCAAAGUCAAGGAAAUUCCACGGGACACUUUUACUGAAUAUGAGAAAAAGAAGAGAGAGGAAACUAAGCUGGAAGUGAAGGAUGACAUAGAAUCUCACCGGGCAGACAGAGCCAAGUUCAUGCAGAGAGUGAGAGAACAGGUGAUCCAGAGGUUCCGAAUCCUUGCUCAUAUGAAGAGACUAGAGGAUGUUGUGUUGGAGGAGGCAGUACCUAACAUUGCGAUGAUAGGUACUAGCCUGCUGAGGGUGACCGAGCGGCGACGCCCCCUCAGACCCGAGAGGAAGGAGAGAAAGAAGGUCACAGCCCAGGUUCUCAAAGGUGACGAGGUCAAGAUCCUUGUCAACAUCACACGAGCCCUGUACGUCCCGAUCAGGACAGGCUCUUCCAUACAUGCUGAUGAAAGUAAAGCAAGUGGCUCUGCAACGGCCCGAGGAACAGAAACAGACCAGGCAGUCAAAAGUAUUGUCGGUGAUACAUUGGUGCGGCCGUUUGUGGAGGUGGUAUUCCAACACUCGUCCAUGCGGACAGUGGUUGGCGAUGGUCCUAACCCAAGCUUUAACGAGGAACUGCAAAUUCCAUUCAAAGCCCCCAAUGAUGACUACAGCUCUAACAACCUACAGACCAUCACUGACGAGCUCUACCUCAAUCUGUUUGACGAAGUUGUUGUAGACAUACAAGAGGAUGACAGGAACAGAGGCACAACGCUCCACCAGAGGAUAGAGAAACGCUGGCUGGGUGAUCUCACCAUACCCUUCUCAACAAUCUACUUCAAUGGCAAGAUUGAGGGUACGUUCUGUUUGAAGUCCCCACCAGUGUUGCUAGGUUACUCCCACGACCAAAAUAUGGGCGGUGAAUCGGACAUCAACAUCGGAAGUAAAGAAGAGAACACCUACCUUAGCCUGUUCAUCACCAUAGAACCGCCCCUAUCACCUGCUGAGCCAAUGAAAGAGCGGUUUUCAACGAAUGAAGCAGAAGACUUGCUGCAAUAUGCAGAAAAAUGGCAGACAGAGCUGGAAGAAAAGUUCCCCAAGAGAGAAUUCAAAACAUCCGUGAUCAAUGUCAAUGGGAAAUCUGUAUUUAUCACACGAUAUUUCAAGGAGCUCAAACCACCAGAGGAACUUGUGGCAGAUCUGAAGAAUCAAAAGGCUGAUGAGGUGGUGGCACACUUUGUGGCCAUGAUUCCGUUUGUGUCCGACUCUGUCGUGUUCCCAGGACUGUGCGACAUCUGGAGUACUUGUUCGCAAUUCCUACAGAUGAUGGCGGGUGACGAGGAGGAACAUGCUGUUUUGUUGGCCAACUACUUCAUGUCAAUGCAGAAGAAGACAUGGCUGAUCAUAGGUACUGCUAUCCCUGAGGGUCCCACAGCCUACGUGAUGACAGAGGAAGGCAAUGACCUCUGGAUCUGGAAUGCUGGGACAGGUCUUCACUACAGUGUCCACGACAACUACUGUCCCCUACAAACCGUUGGUUGUCUGGUGGAUGCUGAAAAUAUCUACGCAAACAUACAGCAGUAUGAUAAGCCAUCUCAGUUGAGAUUUGAUGUCAAAUCUACCUCUGACUGGAGACCAUUCUUCACACGAUCCUUCAGCCGCUCACUUCCAUCUAUACAGCCUGAGGCCUUGCGUUACAUUAACGCUGAUCCAAAUGGAGCACGAGACAUUCAGGAGAAGAUCGAGAACAUGUUGAAGAACCGGAUCAUGGAGUGGCGAUCGCGUUACAUCACCCGCUGGAACAGACACUGUACUCAGAUAAUGAGGAAAAUCUUACCAAUACUGGAAGAUAAUCUGGGAAAACCUCCAGAUGCACAACAUCUGUCAGAACUGGAAAAACAGUUUUCCACUUACAAGGUGUCAGGUUUUCCCAUCAACAUGCCAUUCACAGGUCUGGACUAUAUCAAUGAACGAGUCUAUUCCACGGGCGUGCAUGCUCACGAGACCAGUGAUGUAGAGUUUGCCUUGGCAGUCUACGUACAUGCCUAUCCCAACUCAGUGGCUUCCGUCUGGGUGUAUGUGGCAUCACUGAUCCGCCUUAGGUAGUGGAUCACGGGAGACAUAUCAACAUUCCGUCCUGCUAAACUGUGAUCAAGAAAAUUAUCAUAUCAACAGUGCAUCUUUUAUAAUAAACUGAAAAGUUGUCUAGUUGUGGAAACCCUACAUCUAUACAAACUCCGAACCUGCGGAUCAUGUUCUCACGUGUCCGGUGUAUGUCGGAUUCCUCCACACUGUAAAUGUUGCUCCAGAACUGGAUUCUCUUACACCUGUGUAGUGAAAUGUGAUGUCUUCUGAUUUUCUGUAGACUUUAGAAAAGCUGACACAUUGGAAAACAUUACAAUUUACUUGGAAUUCUGAGAUUCACUUGGCUGGCUUGUGAUUUUAAAGAAAUGUUUGAUCUAUCUUCACUGUUUAGCAUGAUCUAGAUAGGAUGCUUCACAAGAUACAAUCUCUGUGAUAUUAAAAACUAUUCAAUCCACUCUGAACCAAACAUUUGAUACAAGAACUUCAAUUUUAAUGUUUUUAUAAACAGCUCCAGUUUUAUUUAUUUUUUAUUUAUUAUUGACCUCAUUAAAU